CUUCUGGAAAUCAACUGGACAGGCCUCACCAAUAUACUAGACAUUCCUGGGCUCAAGUAAGUAAACUGAGUCUCUUUUGUGCUCCGGCGUGAAGUUUCCCCUAGGUACAGCUCUAGGAUCAGCUUCCCCUCCCCCAAUUCUAACCACCGUUAGUGCACCGAAAAUUCUCCAGUGUUAAGAAAAACACUGACAGUGUAAGAAAUGGUCUAGUUUUGAAAGGACUGUAUGGCUGAUUUUAGUGGGAAUGGUGAUGGCCGCCAAAGGGCUUCUCUUUGAUCACUUUGAUCCGUUUUAUUUUGGCAGAGGUCAGUGAUCAGAGAACAUUGAUGUAAUAGUAUCUAGUAUGGUUCUAGGAACAAUGGAAAGAAGUGACAGUUAAACAUAAAUCCACAAUAAGCUACAAUUACCCUGGCACAAUUAAUCAAUACACAUUUCCCAUAUAAUGCUACUCAAAAGGGUGCUAUAAGUAGCAAUACUGAAAUGGCUUAAACUUACAUGAACAAUAUGUAAAAUGCUGAAGCUAAGUAGCCAUAGGCAAGCAAUAGGGCAGUAGAGCAUCAAAAGUAAUGUUCAAGAACAUCAUCUGAUAACCCAGAAACUAUAGAAAAAAUCAAAGUACAUAGGAAGACAAAUCACUUGAUCAAUGACGCAUACUGCUGGUCCAUAGAUGAUGGCUGCUGUUCAAUUAAUUGUUUGGUGUGGUCAGAGAGGAAGAGGAAGAGAGAGGAGAAGGGUGCAAUUGCGGCCUGCAAUUCGGGGCGUUCCUGCAGGGCGUGCUGCAGUUGCACACUAUUGAGAGAGAGGCCCAACUCGGCUUAAAAUCUGUCUCCCUCCAGCAGGUGGUGUUUUUUCAUUGUUUUGCCCACCAAGCAAGGAGUUUUUGUAUGGAGGUCAAUGAGUGUCGAAUUUGGUCAACAAAAACAUUUAUGGCUUAUUUCCUACUUAUUUGAUCGAAUAGACGUUUCAUAAUGCUUUAGUUGUUUUGUUUGUUUCAAUAUCUCCGUUUGUGCAUGUACAUUGAUUUAUUGAUUAAUUGAUAAAUCUUAUGCUACACAAAGAGAAAUAACAUUUUUCUAAACUAAUCCAAUCAGUUAGUUAUAUUUUUUGCACCCGUAACUGAAAUGUUUGUUCCAGUUUAAAUGCCUUAGGUAGUCUCCUCACAAUGUUUGUAACAUGACACUCAUUGUGAUUGGUUGCAGGUUAAUAAAAAUUCCAACUGUUAGAUAGCUUAGCUCUGUCUGGAUUCAAAUAGGAAUUACUUGUCACUUUGCAACCCAGCAUAAUGUGACUUGCUGGUAGGUUUGCCAAAUUCUGGUAACAUUCCCAGGUUUUCCAGAAUACAUGGUUGGAAGUUUCUUGGAGCUGGAAGCAGGAAAUCUGAAAUCCUUCAACCAGGAUUUUUAGAAAAUCUGGUAUUUUGGGGGUAAUCGCUGGAAUUUUACAACCCUACUUGCACUUUUAACUAAAGGUAUAAAGGGUUACUUUACCGCUACAGUGACACGCUUUUGUACCCCUACAGGAACAAAUCUAAACCUCAUGGUUUAGAUAUGCUGGCUUGCAAGGUGAUGUGUAAUUCCCAUUGGAACUGAGCCAAUGUGGGGAUAUUCAACUUGUAUUCAGAAUACUGCCAGUGUUGGGAAGAAUAAGCUAUGAGACUACCUAAAGCAUCUAAACUGGAACAACCAUUUCAGUAAGGGGUGCAAUAAGUCCAAGUAACAUAUUGGAUUAGUUUAGAAAAUGUUAGUAAUUUAUAUUUGAGUAGCAUAAUAUUAAUUAAUGAAUCAACAAAUCAAUGCACAAACAUAAAUAUUGAAACCUACCUGCAAAACAGCAUGCUGGGAAAUAUGAUAAUGAUUGGCAUGGUUUUGGUUCAAAGUGAUGUUUAUGAGUUUCAGGUCCAUGUAUUAGGGUAAACUAGGCCCUCAAAAUUAGGCCUUAUGAAAUACGUAUGGUAUUGUGUUACUUGUUAAAUUUUUUAUGAUGACAUAUUCAUUUAGGAUCUUACUUGGUGAAGUCCACAGGACUGAAAAUGUUUGAAUGCAACAACUAUGUCUCUGUCACUAACAAAUACAGUCAUGGGUGGCAACUCUGAAAUGUACUCGUAAGGCAAGGCGCUCUGCGAAAUAUUGGAAUAAGGCUUUACACAAAGCAGUGUGUUAAUUUAACACUGUCCCGGUGUCUAUAUGAGUCCAAAUACUCAACACUUUCAGUGUCAAUUUCAAUUUUUUUAACACUGGAGAAUUUUCUGUGUGGGGAAAAUCUAAAACGUACCCAAGAUCAACAUGUAGGGGCAACUUCACUCUACACCCUCUUUUGUCAGGCCAAGCUUUCACUACUUUCAGGUGUGAUUAGUACCCAUACAGGUUUUAUAGUAGGUAUUUUCCUCUUGGGGUUGUUGUAUGUGAUUGGAGCGUUUUUUAAGGUAGCAGGAGGACGACAGCUAGAGUGACCAUCGCCCUAUGGCUGUUAGGCUUUCAGUCCAUGAAAUGCUCAUAGCAACACAUGCCUGCCUGGCAGGGCUAAAAAAAAGCUCACACAGCUUAGAAAGCAAGAUGGUUUUUAUGUUUUUUUCAUUUGUGCAACUCAUCUCUGACUUUAUAGAUAUUUAAAUUGCGCCACUCCACCAACUCUCUGGGGUUGCUAAAAUAAUCUUCAUCCGCACAUCUCUCAACUCUAAAAUGAUGUGGUAAUGGGGAGGGGACUUGGGGAUUUCUUAGGGCUCAUUUAAAUGAAAGAGCACAUUGGAUGAUCUGCUUAUUAAGAGUAACUGUUACACUUUAGUGUAGAAUAAAGUAGACUGUAAAGAGGCAUUGGCUAAUAAGUUUGCACUUUUCUUGUGUUAUCUUUAAAUUGUUUUGGGGUAUGGCAGUGCUACUACUUGCAUUGAAUUGAAUUGAAUCCCAAAAGGGGAAAUUGGAUUUGUCACCACUCACUAGCAAUACACAAACAGCAACAACAAACACAUCAGAGUCACAUAGACACAUAAAGGCGGCAGGUAGCUUAGUGGUUAAGAGCGUUGUGCCAGUAACCGAAAGGUCGCUGGUUCUAAUCCCCGAGCCGACUAGGUAAAAAAUCUGUCUGUGCCCUUGAGCAAGGCACUUAACCCUAAUUGCUCAUGUAAGUCACUCUGGAUAAGAGCGUCUGCUAAAUGACUAAAAUGUAAAUAAAUAGAGCACUGAUUGCUGGUGAAACAAGCACAAUUCAUGACUUCCAUAAUGGAUUCAAUAGAAUAGAUUUCCCUCUUCUGGUAAAGAGACCAAUACAAUGUUCUCAUGGCAUUCAAAGAGCAGAUAACCUUUGCCUUCUCUGCAGACCAGGCAUAAUUUGUAUUAUCCACAGUCAAUUCUUAGUUUUUAUAUUGUUGUGAGUUGACAGUGGCUUCUGGUGUUUAAACCUUAUGUUAACGCUACUGCGGCGGUGGAAAAUGUCCCUAAUAAAGAUUUCAUGAUACAGCCACUCUCCUCCUCACAGUCUAUUGAUUUAGACACGGGUGUUGACACAUCCGCAGCUCAGUGAUGGAAAUCAUCUCCCUGAUUCUACAGAGCAUAACCGCCCAUCCCCCCACUGCUAUUUCUCUGUAGGGGUGUAAUAGAUAUGUGUAGUCAGUACACUGUGAGCCUGUUUGUGGAGGCUCAGUGGCACAUGCCCGGUUCAUGGGCUAGGGGGUGGGGGAUGGGGGGGAGGUGUGCCUGCCUCUGGGUUAGUGAUAGGACAGGACAGGCCCGGGCAGCAGAGAAAUGACAGUCACAGAGACAAGCUCUCAACCACAAGCGAUAGACAGUGCCAGCUGUAUGUUGGAGGGGUGGAGUCUACUGUAUCACAGAGUAGAUAAAACCACCCAUCCCCUCCAAAGACCCCCCCCCCCCCUCCUCUCUCUCUCGCUCUCUCCCUCUCUCUCUUUUUCCCUCUCUCUCGCCCUCUCACUCUCAUAUCCCCUUGAUGUUAUUCAACACAGGUUGUCUGACAGUUGUGGUGUAGUGUUAUUAUUUUUUUUGUAUGACCUAGCUCUGUGUCCCACCGCAAGGUCAGGGGAACAAUAACAGCUGAUACUGCAUGAAGCUCUCUACACGGUGUGUGUGUGUACGUGUAUGUGUUACACAAGAACGAUCACAUACUAAAGAAGAAUCAUGUUCCCUGUAAUGCUGCUUAAUCUGCCCCCAGAGAAGUGCUCUAGCUUUCUGCUCAGCUGCAAGAGAAAUUAUAGGAUAAAAUGAUAAAUAUGUUUCUUGAGAAGCCUUCUUAGAGAAAUGAGAGAGAAAGAGUGAAGGAAUGGGUAUAUAAAAAUAUAUGUUUCAUUUUUACAGAUUGCUUGAACCCUCUCAUAAAUGUAUUUAUGUUUACAGAAUCAAACCCAAGUGGAUAGCUUAAAGGUUAACAGAAAAUCUCUCAUCAGUUACUAGACCACUCUUAGCUAUCGAUUUCCCUUACAAGGCAUUGUAAUUCUCAGGUCGUAAGACCUCCUGCUCAGUGACAUCCUCACUGCUAAGUGUUGACUCCCCAGGGGAUCACAGUGAUAUUUUGAGGUUUGUAAUUUACUCCAACAACAUGCUUGAACCCCUUCCAAUAAUUAUAUCCAAAGGUCGUACUCACUGACUGUGAGGUUUGUUGUGUUUUGUUUUUCCCAGUGGCUUCUCAGACAGUCUGAUUCAGGACAUCAUCUACAGCUACCUGGUGUUGCCCAACCGCAUCACUAUCCCACUAGUGGGAGAUAUAGAACUGGCUCAGCUACGCUUCCCUAUGCCAAAGGUACUGCAGCCCUUCAUCUAUCCUAUAUCUAAUCAUACAUCAUUAUCAUAUUUCACACACUAAUUAAAGGAACACAUAUUUUUCGGAUUUUGUUUAGUGUUAUGGCAUGCACAAUUUUUGAGACCAUAUCAACAGUGGACUAAUAAACAAAAUACUAAAAUAUGUUUUUGUGGAAAGUAACCCUUUAAUUAACAGUGUUCGUAUUAGCAGAGCACACCCGUCUGCCACCAAAUCCAUCAUCACAUUUUUUGUGGACCCCAGUAAGAGUAGCUGAUGCUUUUGCAGCGGCUAAUGGGGAUCCUAAUAAAUACCAAAUACCAAAUAUUCUGCAUGUAUGAUGAUCCUGAUAGGUAGUGAUGGGGAAACAAAGCUUCCUGAAGCAUUAAGGUUUUCCAGCCAAUUGUGUCAAAAAAAGGUUAAUUACUCAAGGCUUUGAUGAACACAGUGUACACUAGUGGCACCUGCUGGUCAAAAUAAUUUGGAACAGCCAAAUUAUUAUAGACGACGUCCCACACUCCCACACGUCCCACACUACGCGCAGCGUAGUGUUUUUGUCUUCUACCAAACCAAUACCAAACCAAUCAGGUGGUUGUUCGACGAAACGACACUUCGGACGUCAUUGAUAAUGUGCUUCUGAUAAAUUGAUACAGGCAUCGGCACACUGCUUCAAAGUACAUUGCUUAGCGAUUUCGAUACAUGCCUCGGAGCUCCGGUAUCAAAUAUAACAUCACUACUUAUAUCCUUAUUGUGCUGUUUGGUUAUCAGUGAAGCAGUGAUUGCGUUUGACUCAGCUCCAAGGCCUAUGGUUCCUCUGUUCCUCUGUUUGGUCUUAAAGGGACAUUUAACUCAUAAAAUAACGUUUGUCAAAUUAUUUCAAACCUCAAAAGUAGACUAAUGUCAAGAUGAAACUAUCUUCCACUAAAUUGGUUUCUAUGUAGAUCCAGCUAUUUGCCUUCACCCCAAAUGAAUAGAAAAUAUACGCAUCCUCUAAUUCCCUGGUUUUAUUGAGUGCUUAUCUUUUCCAUUCAUUUGUGGUAGAGGCCUAUAGAUGGAUCUACACAACCGAUGUUGUGGUACAUGGUUUCAUCUUGACUAAAGACUACUUUAGAGGUCAGAAAUCAUUGGAUAAACUUUUAUAUGAAAGUGCAAUGUCCCUUUAAAACCUUUUUACUGCAGUGGGCUAAAUCAGGGUCACACAGAGUGAUUCUUAUACACCUCACACAUGGUUAUGGGCUUAAAAAAAGAAGACACCUGUACCAUGUCAGAUAUAGAGUUUAAAUGUAUUCAAUUUUGAGUUUGCAUCCCAAUAUUACACUUUAUAUACAUCACAGAAGACUGAAAUAUAGCGAAACUGUUUGACAUAAACACUGGAUUUUCUUCAGGUUUUUUAAGUAAUCUUUAUUAAUUAUGAAAAAAUAUUUAAAAUAUUCCACCCAUGAGGCCAAAGAGGGCGCAUUCGGUCAUUGACUACAGGAAAGAGCUACAGUGUCGCUGUGUACUAUUUUAAAGUGUCCAUUUCCUGAAGUGUCCCUUUGCUGUGUGUGUCACCAGGGAGUCCUGAGGAUUCACUUCCUGGAGGCUCAGGACCUGGAGGGGAAGGAUAAAUUCCUGGGCGGGCUGAUCAAGGGGAAGUCUGACCCCUACGGCGUCCUCCAGAUUGGCAACCAGCUCUUCCAGAGCAAGACGGUCAAAGAGAGCCUGCACCCCAAAUGGAACGAAGUUUACGAGGUGAACAAAAUAUACUGAAAAAUUAACUCUUCCAAUGGAACAUCAACCAAAACCGCAAAAUAUGGUUAUAUUAUACAAUAACUGCCUCAGGGGCAGUAACAUCAAUGAUAUCUGCCCCUUCUGUGCUAACUACCCCAGUGAUAUUAAUAUAGGGUAUGUAGAACCAGAUACAACUUACAUGUACACUACCGGUCAAAAGUUUUAGAACACCUACUCAGUCAAGGGUUUCUGGUGGCUAUUUGAAGAAUCUCAAAUAUAAAAUAUAUUUUGAUUUGUUUAACACUUUUUGGGUUACUACAUGAUUCCAUAUGUGUUACUUCAUAGUUUUGACAUCUUCACUAUUAUUCUACAAUGUAGAAAAUAGUGGAAUUUCUUUCCUUCUUAAUGCAUUUGAGCCAAUCAGUUGUGUUGUGACAAGGUAGGGGGGCUAUACAGAAGAUAGCCCUAUUUGGUAAAAGACCAAGUCCAUAUUAUGGCAAGAACAGCUCAAAUAAGCAAAGAGAAACGACAGUCCAUCAUUACUUUAAGACAUGAAGGUCAGUUAAUACGGAACAUUUCAAGAACUUUGAAAGUUUCUUCAAGUGCAGUCGCAAAAACCAUCAAGCGCUAUGAUGAAACUGGCUCUCAUGAGGACCGCCACAGGAAUGGAAGACCCAGAGUUACCUCUGCUGUAGAGGAUAAGUUACCAGCCUCAGAAAUUGUAGCCCAAAUACAUGCUUCACAGUUGAAGUAACAGACACAUCUCAACAUCAACUGUUCAGAGGGGACUGUGUGAAUCAGGCCUUCAUGGUUGAAUUGCUGCAAAGAAACCACUACUAAAGGACACCAAAAAGAAGAAGAGACUUGCUUGGGCCAAGAAACACGAGCAAUGGACAUCAGACCGGUGGAAAUGUGUCCUUUGGUCUGGAGUCCAAAUUUGAGAUUUUUGGUUCCAAACGCCGUGUCUUUGUGAGACGCGAUGUUGGUGAACGUAUGAUCUCUGCAUGUGUAUUUCCCACCGUAAAGAAUGGAGGAGGAGGUGUAAUGGUGUGGGGGUGCUUUGCUGGUGACACUGUCUGUGAUUUAUUCAGAAUUCAAGGGACACUUAACCAGCAUGACUACCACAGCAUUCUGCAUCAAUACGCCAUCCCAUCUGGUUUGGGCUUAGUGGGGCUGUGUAAGUGCUAUUUUACCAAGAAGGAGAGUAUUGGAAUGCUGCAUCAGAUGACCUGGCCUCCACAAUCCCCCGACCUCAACCAAAUUGAGAUGGUUUGGGAUGUCGGACCGCAGAGUGAAGGAAAAGCCAACAACAAGUGCUCAGCAUAUGCGGGAACUCCUUCAAGACUGUUGGAAAAGCAUUCCAGGUGAAGCUGGUUGAGAGAAUGCCAAGCGUGUGCAAAGCUGUCAUCAAAGCAAAGGGUGGCUAUUUGAAGAAUCUCAAAUAUAUUUUGAUUUGUUUAACACUUUUUGGGUUACCACAUGAUUCCAUAUGUGUUAUUUCAUAGUUUUGAUGUCUUCACAAUUAUUCUACAAUGUAGAAAAUAGUAAAAAUAAAGAAAAACUCUUGAAUGAGUAGGUGUUCUAAAACUUUUGACCGGUAGUGUACAUAUUUCCAACAGUCCAAUAUUUCCUCUUAUUUUUGGCUUUCAUGCUGUUUUACCCACCAUGUCAUUUUUUACAAGCCCUUUGGCUGUAUUCAAUGUGAACUACUGUAUCUGAGAUUGAAUUGAGUUAUGUCCUUGUCCUUGUCAGGCCCUGGUAUAUGAGCACUCAGGUCAACAUCUGGAGAUUGAGUUGUUUGAUGAGGACCCAGACAAAGAUGAUUUCCUGGGGAGGUAAGCUCAUAUCCUGCACUGUAAAACCAUCCUGUUAUUUUCACGGUAAAUUACUGUUUAUCGACUGUGUCUUAUUGUAUAAGCUGAAUACAAUAGAUUACCGUAAAUUACAAUACAUUGUGGAAAAAUGUUCAACAGCCGGGAAAUAUUUGAUGUAUUGUGGACUUUACCGUAAAAUAUUAUAUGUAAAAUACAAUAGAAGUUCACUUACUGUAUUUGUGAAUGUUCAAAAUAGAACACCACACAAAAAGCACAAGGUCAAAAUCAAAGCACAUCCUCUAAAGUAAGAUAAUUUUUUUGUUGUUGCUGUAUUUCAAAUGACUUGUAAUUCCACCCCAAAGUAAACAGUAGCUUACCGUAUUUAUGGAGCAACAAAAACCUUUUGACCACUAGUGGGUGCAUGUUAUUGUUGUUACUGGCUCAUUAACAUAUUUUGAGGCGUGCCAAGUAUGAGGCUACAUUUGUGCCACCCAUUAGUGAGAGUGCUGUACCAAUUUAACUUAUAUUUGGUGGCAGCAAGUCUUAAACCUUUAAUGGUUGAGUAUUUGCCAUCUCCUUUGGUCUGUAGUCACUGCCAGUUUGGAAGCUUUUGUUUAGUGAUGGGAAACCGAGGCUUUCUGAACCCUUUGGGGCUUACACCAAAUUGUGCCGAGAAACAGUUCAUUACUCUGAGCUUUUAGCUAGUGAUGGAGAAACUAAGCUUCCUGAAGCCUUGAGGUUUACCAGCCAAUUGUGUCAAAAAUAGUUUCAUUACUCAAGGCUUUGAUCAACACAUUGUACACUAGUGGUACCUGCUGGUCAAAAUAAUUUAGAGCAGCCAAAUUAUUAUAGACGACGUCCCACACCUCCUAGCGUGUGCGCAGCGUAACCUUUUUGUCUUCGACCAAACCAAUAGCAAACCAAUCAGGUGGUUGUUCGACAAAACGAAGCUUCGGACGUCAUUGAUCACCUGCUUCUGAUAAAGUGCUGCUUUGAAGUACACUGCUUAGCGAUUUCAACGUGUACCUUGGAGCUCCGGUGUCAAAUGUAACAUCACUACUUUUAGCACAGUGCACAUUAAUGACAUCUGCUGCUCAGGAAUAAAUAUCAGCAUGUUUGAUUUUUAUAUAGACUAGUUUUUCCAUUGUAUCCAUUGAAACUUUGUGGUGGAAUGGAUAGGUGCGAGCGUUGGUACGUACACUACCGCUCAAAUGUUUGGGGUCACUUAGAAAUGUCCUUGUUUUCGAAAGAAAAACAAUGUAUUUGUCCAUUAAAAUAACAUCAAAUUGAUCAGAAAUACAGUGUAGACAUUGUUAAUGCUGUAAAUGGCUAUUGUAGCUGGAAACGGCUGAUUUUUUUAUGGAAUAUAUAGGCGUACAGAGGCCCAUUAUCAGCAACCAUCAGUCCUGUGUUCCAGUGGCACGUUGUAUAUGCAAAUCCUAGUUUAUCAUUUUAAAAGGCUAAUUGAGCAUUAGAAAAACCCUUUUGCAAUUAUAUUAGCACAGCUGAAAACUGUUGUGCUGAUUAAAGAAGCAAUAAAACUGGCCUUGAGACUAGUUGAGUAUCUGGAGCAUCAGCAAUUGUGGGUUCGAUUACAGGCUCAAAAUGGCCAGAAACAAAUAACUUUCUUCUGAAACUCAUCAGUCUAUUCUUGUCCAUUAAAUAGUACCCGCAUAACACCAGUCUAAACGUCAACAGUGAAGAGGCGACUCCUGGAUGCUGACCUUCUAGGCAGAGUUACAAAGAAAAAGUCCAGUGUCUGUUCUUUUGCCCAUCUUAAUCUUUUAUUUUUAUUGGCCAGUCUGAGAUAUGGCUUUUUCUUUGCAACUCUGCCUAGAAGGUCAGCAUCCCGGAGUCGCCUCUUCACGUUUAGACUGGUACUAUUUAAUGAAGCUGCCAGUUGAGGACCUGUGAAGCGUCUGUUUCUCAAACUAGACACUCUAAUGUAUUUGUCCUCUUGCUCAGUUGUGCAACGGGGCCUCCCACUCCUCUUUCUAUUCUGGUUAGAGCCAGUUUGCGCUGUUCUGUGAAGGGAGUAGUACACAGCGUUGUAUGAGAUCUUCAGUUUCUUGGCAAUUUCUCACAUGGAAUAGCCUUAAUUUCUCAGAACAAGAAUAGACUGACGAGUUUCAGAAGAAAGUUAUUUUUUUCUGGCCAUUUUGAGCCUGUAAUCGAACCCACAAUUGCUGAUGCUCCAGAUACUCAACUAGUCUCAAGAAAGCAACCUUGCAUCGAAGAACACAUCGGCACCAUGGCGAAAUCAGUGGGAUCUCUCAUUUUGCAGCACACGGUUAAAAAAAGCACGUGAUCAAUGACAUCCGAAGCUUCGUUUGAUCACAUGCUUUUUUGAACCGUGUGUUGCAAAAUGCGAGAUCCCACUGAUUUUGCUGCGGUGCCGAUGCGUUCUUCGACGCAAAGUUGCUUUCAAACACCGACCUCUACUGGACACCUUAUUUACCAAUUUACUUAGAUUGUCUUCAGUUUACAGUAUCUAAAUGGUAGCUUAGUUUACAGUACCUAAAUCGUUGGGAUUUUGCAACACACGGUUCAAAAGAGCACGUGAUCAAACAAAGCUUCUGAUGUCAUUGAUCACGUGGUAAUGUUACUUUGAACCUAUCCAUCUAUGCUUUGAAACGAGCAACGUAGUUUAAAAAAAAAAGAAUUUUUUUACAAAAGACGUUGGCUCCAUUGUAUGAUUUAUAAAAAACUGCCUAUGCCUAUCGAAACUCAUAAUUUAAAAGUUAGAAGUACAACGUAGCCAGUGUUUCAAAUAAAACUAUUUACAAAAAUAACACAUCUUUAUGGGGAUUCAAUCCUGUGCCUCUACAAGACAAGAAACUCACUCACCACUGCUCUACAGGCUGAGCCAACUGUAAGGUGAGAAAUAGAGAACACUGUACGUAGUGUCUGUACGUAUUGUCUAGUAGAGGUCGACGUUUUGGAAGCCACAGCGGGAUCCACUGACUAAGGGGUCAAACAAAGCUUUGUACAUCAUUUAUCACGUGGUAACUUCUUGUCAACUUUGCUUUUGGAUUGAAUGAGACUUUUUAGACUCACUUUUACAGAUUAACAAAAAACUUUGGAUCCAUAAUUUGAUGAUUACCAAUAACAACUACUACAGCUGUUUAAUUUACAAUCACUGUAAAAAAAUCAAAAUAAAUUGAAAUAGGCUCUCUCAAGAUUCAAUACUAGUGUGCUACAAUUUCAUGAUAGAUUUGUCUGCUGUGUGGCUCUACGCCCCGAGCUAUCUUUCCACCUGCUAAGAAGGUGAAAUAUCUAGAUAAAGGAAAAAGCUUCCAGCAGAGGUCGGCGCUCUCAGUUCCGAGUUCUGACACCUGUCAGAUGGUAGUGUGACGUACGAAGCUUCAACCGUCAUCAUCACGUGGUAUUAUUACUUAGAUACAAGCAUCGGUACGUUGUGUCGAAAACUGCAUCGAAGCGUCAGAGUUACGGGAUCAGUCAUCCCAUCACUACCUUUGUUAAGGCCUCUAGAAGUGCAAGUGAUAUACUGCACUGUACUGUUGUUUUACAGUAACUUACAGGUAUCCAGUUGCCUGUAAGGUACCGUAAAAACAACAGGAAAUUGUUUACAGUGUGUCUUUUUCUCAUCACCCCAUGCUCAAAUGGCUUAUUAGUCCUCUGCAUUGUGAGUUAAUGUAUCCAAUAUCAAGCAAAUUAUCUUAUCUAGCCGAAAAUAUAUCACAAACUUAGCUCUGGUCCAGAGUGUUACGUACGGCUUGCUGAUGCCGAGCCUUCAGUUUUAGCAAACAGCACGUAACGCCCUGGAGCAGAACUAUCGCAACCUCCCUCCUAUAUGUCACAGUGAAGGGUGGCCCAUUGAAAGAGAGAAGAGACACAUUGAAGUAUCUGUGAUGUACUAAGUAUCUGUGAUCAGUGUACAAUAGUCACAUUAGGAGUUGGAUCAAAGCUCUGCUUCUUGGGCCUCAUCCCAAGGGGAUAGCAUAGCAUAGCACCCAGCAGGGUGCUGGCUGCGUCCCAAAUGGCACCCUACUCCCAAUGUAUUCCACUACUUUUGACCGGAGCCCUAUUGGCCCCUGACUGGGUCGGAGUGCCAACAUGCUGUAUCAGUGAACCAAUUUGGCUUCUGUUGUGAUUAAUCCUGCCUACUGAUUUCUUAUCCAAUCUUUGUGUCUUCGAUUGCAGCCUGAUGAUCGAUAUGACGGAGCUUCACAAAGAGCAGAAGGUCGAUGAGGUAAAUCCACCAGCUGAUCCGAUAUAUUUUUUCAUCUUCAAAUAAAUGUGGUUAAAAGAAGAAGAAAAAACAUGAAAAUAGAACAAGAGGCUUGGCUUCAGUUCUGCACUUGGAUAGUGAUUUUGCCUUACUAUAUUAUCUGCCUUCGUCCAUUUGAAGAUAUUGUGUUGUCAUCCAUCACUACUACAGUUGAGAUUUAGGGUAUGUAGGUCCCAAAUGUAAUCCUAUUCCCUAUAUAGUGCACUAGGUUUUUACCAGAGCCCUAUGAGCCCUGGUGAAAAGUAGUGCACUAUAAAUACAACAGGGUGCCAUUUGAAAUGCACCCUUGAACAUCCUGUCGUUCUAGUGGUUUGACCUGGAAGAAGUCUCCACGGGGAAACUACACUUGAAACUGGAAUGGCUCUCUCUGCUCUCCACACCUGAAAAGAUGGACCAGGUGCAGUAUUCGAUAUGAAAUGAUUUUAUUUACAUGGAAAUUAAUUUAGUCAGCAUACAAAAUACACAAAAUCUAUACACUACAAUACACAUUUAUUUACUUUUUUUAUUUAACCUUUAUUUUAUCAGUGAGUCAUACUGAGACCAAGGUCUCUUUUACAGAUGAGCCCUGAAUUACAGAAAAUACACACAUCAAAAUAUAAAUACAAAAAGCAAACAGAAAGAAAAACACGGUCAUAAAAAACAAAGACAUUCAUCAGUAAAAAUGUCCUCAAUCAGCGUUCUGAAUUGACCUAGAGGCACCAAAACAUCACAUUUCAGAACAUUUAAAAGAUUGUUCCACAAAUAUGGUGCAAAAAAACUAAAAGCUGAUUUACCUAACUCGGUAGAGACCAAAGGAAUUUCCAGAGUUAGCCAUCCCUGAGACUGGGUGCAGUAACUCUUAUGUCUAAAGUUUAGUAAUGAUGUUAGGUACAGUGGGACUUUUUGUAAAAGGGCUUUAAAUAUGAAAACAUAGCAAUGUAUCAACCUACGUGACAUCAAAGAGGGCCAACUUUCUGGUAGAGAAUGCAGAUGAGUGCUAAAACUGUCACCCAUAAUAAUGUGCCGUGCACUUUGAUAAAAUGGAUCAAGCAUAUCAGUCCCAGUAGAUUUUUUCCAUUAAUCUUAAACAAGUCAUCUAGCACGUCACAGAUAGUAAAUUGCUGAAAUGUACACCUUUCAUACGCAUGCCUUUCCUACACACUUCUCAGUAGUUGGUAUUCCUUUAUGCAGGUGCGUAACAGGCUUUGCCGGCGUGGUUCCCUUGCGCGCGCUGAAUACAUUUAAUUCAACCGCUGAAAACCCUCCCACUUGCUGGCCCACAGAUUUUCUCGUGAUUUUCAUUCAAUAGGAUUUUCAGUACGUUUAUCUUAAGCCAUCCCUUUAAAUAUGGUUUACCUUUAAUUAGAAUUUUGUCGACAGACUAGAAUACAUUGAGAGAACGGGUUCAGAAUAUAGGGAUCAAUGAAAGAAAGCCAUCUAAAUAUAUGCAUAUUUGUCUCCGUUUCAGCACCAACUGGUAGAUAAAAGAAUACUCUGAUUCUGUAGAUUAUUUAGGCACAUUUUUGGGUUAGGAAAGUAUGUGUGAAUAAUUAAAAAAACUGGUUUGGAGAGCCUUUAUGCACAAAAUAUGUGUUUGAUUCAUCCUAAAAGUUGUCAUAUUCAAGUUCAAUCCAUUAAAUAUUGAAAGGUAGAAAGCAGUGUACAAUAAGGGUUGAACAAUAGACCUAAAAAUCUACCCUAACCCUCACUAAUCAUGGAACUGUAUGACAAUGUUCUAGUCAUUGUGAACUGUGCGCCAGGCUCCAUGUAUAACCUGCUACGUGUGGUCUGAGUUCCAUAAUGAUUCAAAUAGGCUACAUGUCCCAAAUUAUUGCACAACGUUAGCCUAAUAUGAUCCACUUAUGCUAGCGACCCUCAGGGACAACUACACAGACGUGACAGAGGAAAGAAAGGUAAACGGAAUGGAAUGAUGCAAAAUGUAAGCUACAAAUUGAAGAAAACAAACACUAAAGUGACUGUUAUAAAUGUAUACAAAUAGUAAAAUAAAAUGGAGAAAAGCCCGGGUAUAUAAUUAAAACAUUCUAAAGCGCAUAUAUCAACUCAGUAGGUUCAGCCCUACAGAAGCCUAUGGCUUGGGUCUCCAAAUUUCAUCCACUCAAAUUGAGGGCACAUAAUUAAAAUUCGGAAUAUCAGCACAGCUAUUUAUAGCCUACUUCGCUUUGGAAAAGGGUCGACAAUACGAUAUUUUCAGUUUGCUUCCAUAUGACUGGUUUCAUAUUUGUCUCCAGGGAUCAUCAGGAAAAAUCAUCUAAAACAAUUGCUAUGUGUAUUUACAAUCCUCGUAUGCAAAUGGAUUACUCAUUUACCUAGCUCUUAUCAAAUGCUCUUAUACAUUUAUAAAUAACAGUGCAUGGAGAAUGCUGUUAUUUCUAUCGGAAUAAAAGAAAGUAGAUGAUUUUUCCACUUGGUUCGCUCGACCUUAUUCAUAAUUUCAUCGCCCGUAAAGGUGGUGGAAUUAUGAGGGAAUUAAGUCAAGGUCAGAAUACGGCGUAUCUGUAGCUACACCUCCGCCACACCUUCAAUUCUUAGAUCUCCACCCCGAAACGAAUAGCGGGUGAAUAGCAUGCUAUUCUCAUGCUUAAGUUAAAGGUCAGAAUAAAAAAUAUAAAUAUAAAAAGGGAAUUACGUUCCAUUUACGUGCGCUUAAAUCGGGUCGGAAUCGGCCCCAUAUAGCACAGACAAGCAAACCCUUAUCUUUUCAAUUUCGGUUCUUAUCCCCCUUCCCAAUUGUAUGAUAAUUCAAGACAAGCCCAGGUGUUUAUAAUGACAUCGUACUAGAAAGCUAGCUUAAACACGUUGACUUAGCCUGUCUCUCUGUCUUGCUAUUGUCACGUGUAUUACAGUUAGAAGUGAAUUAGAAGGCUGCCCACUUCUCCUAGUCCAGUUUGUCUCAGUAGUGACCCCCCCGUCUCUCCUAUCCAAUCAGGUGUUGAGGAGCGUGCGAGCUGACAGAAGCCUGGCCAAUGAUGGACUCUCAUCUGCUCUCCUGGUGGUGUACUUGGACUCAGCAAAGAACCUGCCGGUGAGUAGAGCUGGAUGACAGGACUGUUCAGUUAAAGGGGUUUGAGUUGAAGGAGUGCUCUGGUGGUGGAGUGAGGCGCAAAAGUAUUGAAUUGCUGAAGGUGAAUUGCUGCAGGUAAAAGCACAUUACACGGCGGUUGAUUUGACAUACUGUACAUGAUAACAUUUACUGUAGAAUAUAAAACAUUUCCCCAUGCUAUACACAUUCAUGUUAAUGUUAACAAAUGUUGGCCUAUGACAUGAUGUGAAUAAGGAUACAGAGAAUAAUGUAAUAUAUUUCUGGACAUAUUCUACUCCACCCAAGGGAGCUAUUGUGAAUCACGCCAAAUGGAACUUGAAAAUAAUGUUCUGAAAUAUUUUCUACCCAGCUCAACAAGCAUUUUCAGUACACAUUUUCAGGUGUAGUUGUGCAAACAUUGCACUGAAGUUUAAUCAACAUGCCAUAGUUUACUGUUUUCAUCUCAACCCUGUCUAUCUGGUCUUCCACAUGGACAACACACCUUUAACAUGACAUGAGCACCUCAAUGGAUUCAUUUGUGUGUCUGUCUGUUGAAACUCCUUUUUGUCUCCUCCUUCAACACUGUCUUUUACCUUUGACCUUAACCCACAGAUAUGGGUCAAUAUCAGCCCAAGACAGUCAACUCCUAAAUGAGCCUGUCAGAGUCUUAGCCUCUUUAGCGUCUUAGCCAUACUUUAUUUAACUUCUUCUCUCCCUGUUCUUUCCCUAUAAAGAGCGUCUUCACAGGGAGCUUUGGGUGCGGAAACUUAAAAGAGAGGAGAGCAUCUGGCCUAGUAUUUUGUGAGAACAAUACCUCAAUGUAUAGAACCUUAUUCGUGAGUCCUCCGGUACUCUGCAUCCUAGAGUUAGCAUUAGCAGUGUGUGGUGGGGUUGAACCGUAACAGACUAUCUCUGGUGCAGAGCGUCGUUCGGCUGCGCUCUUACUAUCACUAAGGUAGUGGGAGCGCAGCAGAAUGACGCCCUGCACCAGAGCUAAGUAACAGACCUGCUGCAGUGAGUCUUGUAUCAUAAAGCAUGUCGAUUGACUCUGCUGCAUGGUUCUAAAUCCAAUAAUAUUAUUAUACAAUAAUUUCUGAACCCGGUUGAUCAUGAAUAUUUAUCUUAUAGACUAAAUAAUAAUUCCAAUAACUCAGGAUAGAGGAUAGUGCUUCAUCUUUCAUCCAACAACAAGGUACAGGCAGGGAAAAUAUGGUUUCCAAGAACUAUUGAUUUCAAGGUCUCAGGGUAUUUAAUUGAGGGGGCUAUUUGUGGCGCAUUACUUUAAGGAUAUGUUGACAGCUGUUGCUUUUAGUGUCUGUGUAGUGGACAGUUAUGUCUAAGUAAGGGAAUAUUGAAAUACUGUCAGAUCUCUUAUUUGCUUGAGCUAAACAACAUCCCUUAUCACAAGUUCCUCCCAGCAACUCAUUCUAUAGCUUCUCCCGUAUAGAAGGACAAUUUUCAUUCUCCUUCUCUAUACAGCUUUUCUUUUAUACUGCAUUAUCCAUUCAUUAUAAUGUCUGCGUUGUUAUCUAUUGUUCAUAUAUAUACCUUAUUUAUAUCUUGGACAGUCCUCUCUCUUUAUUUAUUGGCUCUCUCCUUCCUUUUUCCUUUUCCAUUCUCUAUGGAUUGUUGUUGUUUUCAUACCACUUAAUACAACCUAAUCUAGCACUGGUCCAGCCCGUUGUUCGGCUGCGUUCUCACUAACGACGUCCUGGACCAAAGCUAAACCUAAUCAUACUCAGUUCCCCCAUCCUACUAACUCUGGGUGUGAUUUUCUCCCCAUCUCCCCCCUUUGGAUAAAAGAGCGACCUGUUUAAUUUCAACCAGGACAGGUUGAAGCAAGCCUCUGUCUAUAAAUCCCUGAAGGUAAAGGAAGAAAGUGGGAUAAUGCAUGCCAUGCAUAGAUAGCACGCAUAUACAGCUUUUAUGUUCUCAGUCUGUGCCCUUCCUUACUUUGUGCCAUCCAAAUUUACUUUGAUAAUUUAUGAUAAAUGCAUUGUUUAUUCAUUGUGAGUAGGGCUGUUGUGGUGACCGUAUUACCGCCACACCGGCGGUCACGAGUCAUGAAGGCAGUCAAAUUCCACGUGACCGCUUAGUCACGGUAAUUAGGCUUCUCCAAGCUUUGAUGCUGCUCAUGGUCAUUAGUAGCCUACCAAACUUGCUAACGGCGUGGUACUGAGCACUCUAUUUCCCCUCUAAUCACUCUGACAUCAAUGCAAAUGUAAUCGAAAAUCGAAUCAAACACUUCAUGAGAGCCCAUGAGCUCAUGUUGAACAACAUUACUAUAGGCUAUGCAAUUGCGUGAGAAAACAGAGUGAUGGCCUCUACUAAAUAGGAGGAUCCCAUCAGCUUUCUAUAGGCUAGGCCUGCUAUAUUUAUUUCUCAACUUUCCUAAUAUUAAUCACAUUGCUUAUCUUUACAACAGGAGUAUAGCCUACCUGGCUGGCAUGAAAAUGAAUCACGGGAAAAGUGUCCUCCAUCCGCUAUUUUAAGUGCAUAGAUGACAUGUAUUUUUUCCCGCUGCCCCUGUUUCGAGACGGGUGCAUGAUAAUGGUCCAUUCUAAAUCAAAACAUAUUUCACACAUAUAUUAUUUAGUAUAUGUAAAGACAAGAUUAAAUCAAGAAUAGUCUGAUGGGUGACAAUAUAUCGAAUCAUAGUCGCACACCCCAUGUAGCCUAGCCCAUAGGCCUAUAUGUUUUGAUUUGGUUUGUAUCACAACUAAAGUGGCCAAAAAACUUCUUAAAAUUAAGCACAUUAAUCCGCUUUACAAGGGAUUUAAAGCCUAACUGCCAUACAGUCGUGGUCAAAAGUUUUGAGAAUGACACAAAUAUUAAUUUUCACAAAGUCUGCUGCCUCAGUUUUUAUGAUGGCAAUUUGCAUAUACUCCAGAAUGUUAUGAAGAGUGAUCAGAUUACUUGCAAUUAAUUGCAAAGUCCCUCUUUGCCAUGAAAAUGAACUUAAUCCACAAAAAACAUUUCCACAGCAUUUCAGCCCUGCCACAAAAGGACCAGCUGACAUCAUGUCAGUGAUUCUCUCGUUAACACAGGUGAGAGUGUUGACGAGGACAAGGCUGGAGAUCACUCUGUCAUGCUGAUUGAGUUAGAAUAACAGACUGGAAGCUUUAAAAGGAGGGUGGUGCUUGAAAUCAUUGUUCUUCCUCUGUUAACCAUGGUUACCUGCAAGGAAACACGUGCCGUCAUCAUUGCUUUGCACAAAAAGGUCUUCACAGGCAAGGAUAUUGCUGCUAGUAAGAUUGCACCUAAAUCAACCAUUUAUCGGAUCAUCAAGAACUUCAAGGAGAGAGGUUCAAUUGUUGUGAAGAAGGCUUCAGGGCGCCCAAGAAAGUCCAGCAAGCGCCAGGAACAUCUCCUAAAGUUGAUUCAGCUGCGGAAUCGGGGCACCACCAGUGCAGAGCUUGCUCAGGAAUGACAGCAGGCAGGAGUGAAUGCAUCUGCACGCACAGUGAGGCGAAGACUUUUGGAGGAUGGCCUGGUGUCAAGAAGGGCAGCGAGGAAGCCACUUCUCUCCAGGAAAAACAUCAGGGGCAGACUGAUAUUCUGCAAAAGGUACAGAGAUUGGACUGCUGAGGACUGGGGUAAAGUCAUUUUCUCUGAUGAAUCCCCUUUCCGAUUGUUUGGGGCAUCCGGAAAAAAGCUUGUCCGGAGAAGACAAGGUGAGCGCUACCAUCAGUCCUGUGUCAUGCCAACAGUAAAGCAUCCUGAGACCAUUCAUGUGUGGGGUUGCUUCUCAGCCAAGGGAGUGGGCUCACUCACAAUUUUGCCUAAGAACACAGCCAUGAAUAAAGAAUGGUACCAACACAUCCUCCGAGAGCAACUUCUCCCAACCAUCCAAGAACAGUUUGGUGACAGUCUCAAAACUUUUGACCAGGACUGUACAUAAGCAGCGCGUGAGCUCCAAGUUUGGGGAAGAUAAUUUUCACCAUAAAAAUGCACCUUUAUAAUAAAAGCAUUACAUGCAUAAUCACAUUUGCGGUCUUUUUUGAUAAUAGUGGAAAAUUCCCGCUUAUAGCCUACUGCCAUGUGCGCAUUGCUGCGCUUAUAAUGUGAAGAAAUAGCCUAAUAGUUUGUCAACAUUUUAAGCUAAACGUUCUGAUCUGUUGUGUCAGCCACAAUGCAUAAAAAAAUUUUUUUUUGGUGCUAGUGGUUGUAUUAAUUUGGGAUCUAUUGCAUCCCAUAACUGUCCCAGACUAUGUUUGGAAUAUUUAUUUCUUGCACAGAAUAGAAUAGGUCAACUUUUGUACUAUUGUGGAUAGUAGAUUGACAUAGGCUAGUGCUUUUGCUGUUCGUUAGGCCUACUCAUCUUGUUGGCUGACGAAAAGUAAAUGUGGACAGUUCUUCCAAUAUCUUCAAUAUGCACCUCAGAAUUGGAUAAGGACGCGCGCAGUUGUGUCCCCGAUAUGUCUGUCUUCACUUGUAGCCUGUGAAAAUUACCCGAUCACGUGAUGAGAGAGCGCAGCACUCAGGGAGAAGGGCACAACAAAGGCAUGGAUUUUUUUAGGUUGUAUUAUGGCCACCAAGGGGAUGCUGCCGUGAAAUUUGAGGCAUUAUCAAGUGCUUGUCAAAUUGUGAAUGAGAGACUAAUGAAGUGUGCACAGCCUGCGCAAAAAAACAAAGCAGAGCUCAUGCCUUUCAAGCAACUUUUUUCAAAUCAUCAUUAGUCGCAUCAUGCAGCCUUAAAAUGCAUUAAAAAUCAAACCAUAUAGCCCAACGUUUGUAGAACAACUAAAGUUACAUUAAUAACUCUAAAUUAAGCAUAUAGGAGUACCUAUUUAUUUGUUAACCGCUCAACACAGAAUAGCCGCAUGUGCGCACUCCCUCAAAUCGUUUGGAGAAAAUAUGUAUAUUUUAUUCAGCUUUGUUCAAUUGUAUUCUUCAUACUAUAAAGUAAUAUAAAAUAAUGCCACGGAAUUCUAAGCAAAUCUUGUCUGCUAAAUGUACUAGUGUAGCCCACAGCCAUUUGGCAUAGCCACAUCAGGACCUAACAUAAGGACAACUCAGAGUAUGCUAUUCUGUUCUUCUGAAAUAGACAUUUUCUUCAUACCAUGCCUCUUUAGACCUGACUAAAAUAAAUAAUGUAUUUAUUGUGAAGGUGUAGGCUAUAUUACAUGGAUUAUUAGACUUUUUAAAAUGUACAUGUUCCAAAGGUCUGAAUCAGUGGCUUGUAGGCUAUGUGUGGAAGCCAGGAGAUGCAACAUUUGUUUAUGUUAAUUAACGGUCAAUUACCGUGAGACUGACGAAAUAUCGUGACCGCCACAGCCCUAAUUGAGAGUCAUUGUUUAUUCAUGCUUGGAGAUGGAUGAUCACUCUGUCUUUGUCUGUCUGUAAUCUUUUAUCGCCUCAGGCAUCACUUUAUAGCAUUUCAUUUACUGCACUCAAUGAGAACUGGAUUUUCACAUACCUGGACCUUUACAAACCAGGGGCCGUAUGUAUCAAGCAUCUCAGAGUAUAGGACAGCUUAUCCAGGAUCAGGUCCCCCUGUCAUGUAAUCUUAUUCAUUGGGAUAUUAAAUGCAAAAUCCUAAAUCAGAGCUCCUACUCUGAGACGCUUGAUACAAAUGGCCACAGAUGUUUAAUGACAUGCACUAUAAUGUUAAUCAAAGCUCAAAACAUGUUCAUUUGGUGGAUGAAGAAAGAGGGAGAGGUAGAACUAGAUGGGGAGGAGAAAUCAAAACCUCACUCACCCUCUACACUCAGAAAAUGCUGGUUUAAAAACAACCCAAUUUGGGUAAAUAUUGGACAGAACACACAUUGAGUUAUUUUGACCCAAGCAGUUGGGUCACUUAGUUGGGUUUUUGGGUUAUUGAUUCUGGGUUAUUGAGCUAUGACCCACCCUGUCAGAUCAGAAGACUGGAUGCAUGGCUUAGUAGGCUGUGGCUUUCAGAUAGUUCUUUUUGGCCACCCAUGAGAGUAAAUGUCAUUCCGGUUCAUGUUCUGUAUUGUCAUCACAUGUUAAGGUUAAGCACAUUUGUAGCUUUUAUGAGGUUUACACAAGAGUAUGAGUUCCUCAAGUGCCUAUGCAUAUCCCAAUGUUGGGAGGGUUACCACUUUGUUAUAAUAUUUAAAUAAUGAUGUUAUUACAUUUAUAUUAAAAGGAGAAAUGGCCUUGGGGGGGGAGCUUCCAGAUAAUUAUUUUUGGCCACCCAUGAGAGUAAAGGUAAUUCCUGUUCAUCAUGUUAAGUUCGUACACUGCAAAUCUAAAUGUUCCUUCAAUAUUUUUGCAUAUUACAUAUCUUAAUAUAAAUGUAACAAUUUACUUUUUAAAUAUUAUAACAAAGUGGUAAAUAUAUCAAAAUGGGAAUAUGCAUAGGAACUCAUACUCUUUUGUUAACCUCAUUAAAGCUACAAAAGUGUCAGUGCUCAAUCUUAACAUGUGAUGGCAAUAUAACAGAACAAAUUAACCAGAAUGACAUUUACUAUCACGGGUGGCCAAAAAUAACUAUCUGAAAGCCACGCCCUUACUAAGCCACACCUCCAGUCUUCAAAGAAAGCAACCCAACUAAAUGAUCCAACUGGAUGUGUUAAAAUAACCCAAAAUGUGUUCUGUCCACUAUUUAUCCAGCGCUGGGUUGUUUUUAAUAUAGCAUGUACACAUUUUAAUAUAGAGCUUGGUCUAAUACAAUAAUUUGUCCUGAAUGUAAAUCUGCAUUUGACCAUUCCUUUUGACUUCUGACUAAAAACCAAUUCUGGCAUGUGAUAGUUUGGGGUUGUGUCUCUCUCAUGCUGUUUUAUAAUCCAAUCUUUUAUAUCAGCCUAAAGCAAUCUUCAGGAGGUAGGGAUGCACUUAAGUCUGGUAACUUUAGACUCAUACAUUGGAUGUGUCCCAAAUGGCACCCUAUUCCCUAUAUAGUGCAUUACUUUUGACCAGAGCCUACAGUAUGGGCCCUCCUCAAAAGUAGUGCACUAGACAGGGAAUAUGGUGGCAUUUGGUAUCUAUUAUAAACCGGUUGCCAACAGUGAAAGUUCUUGGAUUUCAAAGCUGAGAAUGAGCUUGAAAUCUGAAUGAAGAACUUAGACCAAGGUUGACAUUUCUAACUAAUGUGCAUUUUCACACAAAAAACGUAUAAGGAUAGGGAACAAUUUGGGAUGCAGCCUAAAUUAUAUUCUAUUUUAUCUCAGGAUAGAUACCCCUACCCAUUUUAUCAGUGAUAUUCAGUAUGUUUCUACUGUAUAAUAACUAUGUUACUACAAUUAGCUGAAGAAUAACAGUGUUUUCAGUGUUUAUGUCUUAGUAACACUCAUUCAGAGCCACUCUUUUCCUGGUCAUCUCCCACAGUCCGGCAAGAAAACGAGCAGUGAUCCAAGUCCUUACGUUUAUUUCACAGUUGGGAACAAAUCAUUUGAGAGUAAGGUAAGAAACUACAGUGGUUCAUGGUUUCUGUAGAUAAUUGGAAAUGAUAUUUGGAAACAUCAUAUUUCACUUGCACUUUGAGGAUGUUUUAAACCUUCUGUUCUCGUGUUGAUCCGAUAGACAUGGUCAUAUAAAUAAAUACAGUUAUUCUAUUCUAUUCCAUUGUAUUCUAUUCUAUAUGUGUUGUCUUCAGAUCCGCUGUAAGACCAAUGAGCCAAUGUGGGAGGAAGCUUUCUUCUUCCUCGUCCAUAACCCCAGGAGGCAGGAGCUGGAAGUGGAGGUACUGUCACACACCUUAGUUAACAACUAUAUACUGUACAUUCAUAUUUAUUUUUCACCAUACCACAACUGGUAGGUGAUCUACAGUGCAUUCAGAAAGUAUUCAGACCCCUUGACUUUUUCCACGUUUUGUUACGUUACAGCCUUAUUCUAAAAUGGAUAAAAUGUUUAUUUUUUCUCAUCAAUCUACACACAAUACCCCAUAAUGACAAAGCAAAAACAGGUUUUUAGAAACUUUUGCAAAUGUAUUAAAAAUAAAUAAUGGAAAUAUCACAUUUACAUAAGUAUUCAGACCCUUUACUCAUUACUUUGUUGAAGCACCUUUGGCAGCGAUUACUGCCUGGAGUCUUCUUGGUUAUGACGCUACAAGCUUGGCACACCUGUAUUUGGGGAUUUUCUCCCAUUCUUCUCUGCAGAUCCUCUCAAGCUCUGUCAGGUUGGAUGGGGAGCGUUGCUGCACAGCUAUUUUCAGGUCUCUCCAGAGAUGUUCGAUCGGGUUCAAGUCCGGGCUCUGACUGGGCCACACAAGGACAUUCAGAGACUUGUCCCGAAGCCACUCCUGUGUUGUCUUGGCUGUGUGCUUAGGGUCGUUAUCCUGUUGGAAGGUGAACCUUCGCCCCAGUCUGAGGCCCUGAGCGCUCUGAAGCAGGUUUUCAUAAAGGAUCUCUCUGUACUUUGCACCAUUCAUCUUUGCCUCGAUCCUGACUAGUCUCCCAGUCCCUGCCGCAGAAAACAUCCUCACAGCAUGAUGCUGUCACCACCAUGUUCACUGUAGGGAUGGUGCAUUCAGGUCAAAGAGUUCAAUCUUGGUUUCAUCAGACCAGAGAAUCUUGUUUCUCAUGGUCUGUGUCCUUUAGGUUCCUUUUGGGAAACUCCAAGCAGGCUUCUGUCUGGCUACUCUACCAUAAAGGCCUGAUUGGUGGAGUGCUGCGGAGAUGGUUGUCCUUCUGGAAGGUUCUCCCAUCUCCAAAGAGGAACUCUGGAGCUCUGUCAGAGUGACCAUUGGGUUCUUGGUCACCUCCCUGACCAAGGCCCUUCUCCCCCAACACAGUCCUGUCUCGGAGCUCUACGGACAAUUCCUUCGACCUCAUGGCUUGAGUUUUGCUCUGACGUGCACUGUCAACUGUGGGACAUAUAUAAAAAAUUCAGAAAACCUAUUUUCACUUUGUAAUUAUUGGGUUUUAUGUGUAGAUUGAUGAACAUUUUUUUAUUUUCUCAAUUUUAGAAUAAGGCUGUAACGGGGGCGCUAGUGAGCAAGCCAUGGAGUAGGUCAAGUUAUUCCGAGCUCCUGCUGAAACUGUAUUUAUUUAAUACUUUCUUUGCUCUUUGACCCAAAAAUAACAAAGAAACACAGCCUUUGAAUGACGUGCUUUACUUUGUUCAACUUUUAUUUUUGUGUUAAUGCGUAAAUGGCGCAUAACCUGCAAAAGUUUAAGAUUCGCCGGAGUCACUGACAAAAGAGAAAACACUAGGCCCAAGACGAGGAGCUCGAGUUCUUCAACAAGUGGGAGCAGCGGCUCCUCCCCUCGGCUCGGCGAAAAAAUAUCACCUAGGAUUUGAAGGCCGAGGUUCUUGCACUCAGAGCGGACAUUUAAUCUAUAUUCAAGUCAGAACUCAAGGAGGCGCUCAGUGAGGACUUACAUUUUAUUAAGUCGGAGUUACAAGCAGUCAAGAAUGAACUCGCAAAGCAUACAGCAAUGGUUCGUACUAAACUGGAUACAGUUAAGAAAACUGUCUCCGACAUGGAACAAGGCCUGUCAACCUGCUCAGAUGACACGACUACGCUACAAACCACAGUUAAGAAGCUUGAAACGGAUGUGGCUAGCCUUAAGGAACAAUGCAUACAUUUACAAGGUUAUAUGCAAAGAUUCAAUAUCAGGAUCAUGGGGGUAGCUGAGGACCCGGGCUCAAGUUCUACUUCAUCGGUCUCAAAGUUAUUGAAGGAAUUCCUCAAAUUGGAUAAAGAUGUCCUUGUAGACCACUCACAUCGGGGCUUUCAAGCAAGAAAGCCUGGCGGAAAACCUUGCGUCAUUGUGGCUAAACUACACUACUAUCAGGAUUGUAUUGAUGUUCUUUGGCAUGCCAGAGAAUUUGGCAUGCCCACUUCGAUACAACGGAGCACCCGUCUCUAUUUUCCCAGACUAUGCCCCCAGCGUUGUUCGUGACCGUGCCGCUUUCAACGAUGUCGAGAGUCUGCUCCGUGAACAGACCGACGUUCGGUAUGGUGUGUCUAUAACAUACAACGGCACCGAAAAAGAGUUCCAAGACCCUAAUAAGGCGAUGGCCUUCGUAAAGGCGAACAUUCUACCGAGGUCGGAUGAAGCAAAUGGCUGAAUGUUCACCUAUUUGGCGAUUAGGGUAAUGGACGAAUGUGUCUGCCACUAAUGACUCAGUCUCUCGUUUGUAGAUACUGUAUAACGUUGUCAGUGGUAUCAGUUGAUAUUGUUAUUAUUAGGUAACGUUAGUGCCUUAGUUCGGGUGAGUCAAGUCUCCUUUUGUUUUAACGUUUUAUUUUAUUACCAUGAAGCUGCUCAUGUCUAUUUCUCGAUGGUACCCGUAAUCCAGGGUAGAUAAAGCACAGUUCUAUUAUUAGGUUAUGUCAUUUCUUUAAAGAUGUUGCUGCUAACUUAGUGGUAUUGUUGUAAGAUGUGAUUUAUAAAAUGUUUUAUACUUUAUUUUAAAACAGCCUAGUUUCAGCAGGGCUCUCUACUCGAUAGGUUUAGUGUGUGGAUAUCUUUCAGCAGGGCUCUCUACUCGAUAGGUUUAGUGUGUGGAUAUCUUUCAGCAGGGCUCUCUACUCGAUAGGUUUAGUGUUCCCCACUACAAGCACAUUACGUGUGGAUAUCGCUGCGUGGGGAUUAGCAGUUACCUUGUUCUAUUAGGUGACCAGGUGGGUUUUCUUUUUCAUACCAGACUUUAGAGUAUUGUUUGUUUAUGUUUUUUAUUCCUCUUCUAUUUUUGGGUUUUUUAUUUGCUAUUUUUGGGAAAAUGUUUAAUGGAUCAGUUGUUAUUGUAAUCAGGCAUCUAUCCUUUUCCCACCUGACUUUACAUGGCUAGGCCUAAUAUCAUGAGAGGGACAGCUGGUUGCUCGGUCACUUUUGCUAGCUGGAAUGUUAAAUCUUUAAAUCACCCAGUGAAACGUAAAAGGGUUAUUUCUCGUUUAAAUCGCCUUAAAGUAGAUAUCGCCUUUCUUCAGGAGACACAUCUCCGCACUUUCGACCACUCUUGUUUAAAAGGAGGGUGGAUCGGUCAAUCAUAUCAUUCCAAUUUUCAUUAAGAAACUAGAGGGGCAGCUAUUUUAAUUAGUAAAAACAUACCGUUCGCAAUGUCAAGUGUAGUGGCAGGCGCAGCAGACUGGAUAAUACACCUGUUAUCUUGGCUAACAUUUAUGCACCAAAUUGGGAUAACAGUUAAUUCUUCACACAUUUAUUUUCUUGAUUACCAAAUAUAGACACACACCUCCUAAUACUAGGUGGUGAUAUGAAUUGUGUACUGUCGCCCAAUCUGGAACAUAGCUCUCCUAAGGUAUCAUCUUCAUCAAAGACAGUAUCCACAAUUCAGCUAUUUCUUAAGACAUAUGCCAUAUCUGAUGCAUGGCAUUUCCGCAAUCCCACAGCUAGGGAGUAUUAUUUUUUCUCGCCAGUUCAUAAGACCUUCUCACGUAUAGACUACUUUUUCCUAGACAAUAGAUUUUUGCCAUUUAUUACGGAGUGUGAUUACCAAGCUAUAGUCAUUUUGGAUCAUUCUCCUCUUACUAUGAAACUACUUAUACCAAAUACACAGCCUAAUUAUCGCCCUUGGCGGCUUAACUCACUACUGCUAUCAGAAGAAACCUUUGUUGCUUUUAUAUCAUCUCAAAUUGAGCUAUUUCUCGAGCUUAAUCAAACCGCUGGAAUGUCUCCUACAACAGUAUAGGAAUCAAUGAAGUCUUAUCUAAGGGGCCAAAUUAUUAAGGAAGUGCAAUAUUCAACGCCUAGGGGAAUUUACAAAUAAAAUCUUGGAUUUGGAUAUGGCAUAUUCACACUCUUCAUCCGCAGAUUUACUAAAACAACAUUUGACACUUCAGACAGAGUUUGAUCUUCUUUCAACUCGACAGGCUGAAAAUCUAAUGAGUAAAUCUCAUACAAAAAUUAUGAACAUGGAGAGAAAUGAGUGAAAAUGCUAGCACACCAGCUGCGUCAGAGAACCGCAAAUCAAACCAUACCUGAGAUAACUGACGGGCUGGGUAACAAAUGUGUUGAUCAUUUAGAGGUCAAUUCAUGCUUUCAUAACUUUUACUCACAAUUAUAGACUUCGGAAUCCGCUGGUAAUGCUACCUUAUUCGACACCUUCUUUGAGAACUUAGAUAUUCCUACAGUUGAACCUGAGCUGCUGAAUUAGAAGAACAGUUCUCUGUAGAAGAGAUUGUGUUGGCAAUUAAAUCUAUGCAGUGUGGUAAAUCCCCUGGACUCGACGAAUUUCCGAGCGAAAAAAAUAAAUAAAAAUUGUAUUCAGUCCCAAUUUGAUGUCCUGGAUCAAAAUCCUUUACUCCUCCCCUAUGGCUGCAGUGCGCACAAAUAAUACACUUUCAUCCUAUUUCUAACUUCAAAGUGGGACAAGACAGGGUUGUCUUCUAUCCCUGUUUGCAAUCGCAAUUGAGCCUUUAGCCAUAGCAAUACGUAAUAACACCACUAUCAGAGGUAUUCGAAGAGGGGGCUUAGAGCAUAAAGUUUCACUCUAUAUGGAUGACAUGCUAUUAUAUAUGUCUAACCCUUUAACUGGUCUUCCAGAGAUUGAUGUGGAAAAUUAUCCAGAGUUUUUUUAGAAUUUGAGAUGGACUUUAUUACAAUUCAACAAAGCCGAGUUGGUCUGCAGAGCACCUCCCCUCUACCUCCCAGCUCCCUGUUGAUAUAGUCAUACAUACAUCCUAGUUUAAAGCCCCUCCCUCUUGGAUUCCCCCACCCUUCUCUUCAGGUCCCCUCUCUCUACCGCUCUGCCCACUCCCUUAGUCUAUGAUGGCGUCUAAAUUUGACUUUUAUUCAGUUCAGAAUCAAUAGUAAUGAUAUCUGCGUUUAUCUGGAACAAGAAAAACCCUCGGAUACGUAAGAGCGUAUUGCAGAGAUAUCGCCCCCAAGGUGUUCUAGCACUUCCGAACUUUCAAUAUUAUGACUGGGCAGCUAAUAUAAGAAUCAUUCUAUAUUGGAUGACAUAAAUCCCUGAUGUUACAGGCCCGAAAUGGUUGACCUUGGAGAUCUCAUCCUGUGGCCCCACCUCCUUAGCUGCCUUACUCUGCCUUACUCUGCUCAAAACUUGCAUUAGCUGAGCCUGUUUCCAAAUACACUAAAAACCCCAUUGUGGAAUUCAAAAAAAAUCUGGAAACAGUUUAGGCGAUAAUUUGGUCUCAGUGAAUUUUCAACUCCUGCCCCAUUAUUAAAGAACCAUACAUUCUCUCCAUCAUUAUUGGACCGGGCGUUUCAUACGUGGUCUGGAAAAGGGAUCUCCUCACGGAACGACUUGUACAUUGAUAUGGAUUUUGCAUCUUUUGAACAGUUAGUAUAAAAGUUCAAUAUUCCUAGAUCCCAUUUCUUUAGAUACCUGCAAUUGCGUAGUUUUGUAUCUUCAUACUCUAGUCACUUCUCAUCACGCCCACCUACCUCCCUUCUAGAUUCUAUUUUUAAAGUGAACCCUUAUAUCAAAGGGGGUAUAAGCUUGAUCUAUACAUUAUUAAACUCGCACAAUCUGGAUUCCCUGAAAUCUCUUAAGAACCAAUGGGAAGAGGAUUUAGGUGAACCUUUUUCAGACAAAACUUGGCAGAAUAUGCUUCAGAGAAUACAUCCUUCAUCUAUAUGUCUAAGACAUGCUGUAAUUCAAUUUAAAAUAGUUCAUUGGCUGCAUUGGUCAAAGGCUAAAUUAUCCAAUAUUAGACCAGAAAUAGAUCCCACUUGUGACGGAUGUAAGCGGACUCGUGCUACUUUAUUACACAUGUUUUACAUCAAUUUUUUUGAUGUUUUCUAAGAUACUGGAGAGACCUAUAGAAUUGCAUUAUUGGGAGUGGCACCACAGGAGGACCAUCUAAACAGUUUUAUGGGCAACAUGCUGGCAUUUACUACUCUUCUAGCUAGACGUCUUAUACUAUUUAAGUGAAAGGAUCAGUUUCCUCCUACUUUUAACCAUUGGAUAAAGAAAGUUAUGCAACAUCUCAAGCUAGAGAAAAUACGCUACUCCGUUAGGGUAUCUCCAAUUACAUUUUAUAAUAUCUGGCAACCUUUCCUGUCCUUUGUAGAAGACAUGGACCCAGCUAAUUUCACAACUCCAUAAACCAACCCAAAUUAGAAUCGUCUAUCUAUCUAUCAUUAUUUUAACAUUUUUAAAACUUUUUGUUUUAUAAUAUAUUUGAAAUUUUUAAAAAAUAUUUUUAAAUAUUAUUCAUUGUAUAUCCUGCCUGCUUUAAGUCUGGUUUUGGGGUGGGGCUUUGUUAGAGCAUGGGGUGGGUUUCAUUUGAUUUGGUAGGGAUCUGUGUGUUCUGCCCUCUACCUGUUCUGUCUGUUAUCUGUAUAAUCAUAAAAAAUGCCAAAUUAAAAAAACGUUUUGAAAAAAAAGAAUAAGGCUGUAACGUAACAAAAUUUGGAAAAAGUCAACGGGUCUGAAUACUUCCCGAAUGCACUGUAUUUCUAUACAGUAUGUACUUCAGACAUAACAGAUGUUUUUGCUUGGGUCAAACAUUGAGUUUACAGUAAGCGUAUGUGAAUUAUAGGAUCUCUAUUAUGUUAACCCUUUGUUGGGUUGACUGUCUAUGGCCAGGUGAAGGACGACAAGCACAAGUGCACCCUGGGUAAUCUUACAGUCCCCUUGAGUGGUCUGUUGGUGGAGGAAGACAUGACGUUUACUCAGCAGUUUUCCCUGAGGAACUCUGGACCCAGCUCCACACUCAAACUGAAGUUGACUCUCAGGGUAAGGAUAUGUAUAGCUGCCUCCCAAAUGGCACCCUAUUCCCUAUGUAAUGCACUACUGUAGUUUUGACAAGGGCCCAUAGAGCUCAACGUUUUAGGGAAUAGGGUGCCAUUUCAGAUGCAACCAUUAUAGACCUGCUGUCUAUUUUCAAAAGUUACUGAUUGAAAUGUGUAAAUAGAACUUCCCAUCACAAUGUACACUGUAAAGGGGUUACUGUGAAUUUGACAGUAGCUUACAGGCAGCUCGGUGGCAAGUAAAAUUCUGUAUUUCAUAUUACAGUAAAACUACUGUAAUAUAAAUAUGGUAUCAAAGCAAGUACUGUGUAAUGACACAGUACAAUACCGUAAAAUGAAUGAAUGAUUGGAUGGAUCAAUUAAUGAAAUUCAUUGAGGGGAGGGGUUUGUAUUUCACAGUAUUUUACUGUGUUUACAAGGGAUUGGUGCAAGCAGGUUGACUGCUAGGUAAAAUGUUUACACAUUACAGUAAUGAUGUUAGGUUUGAAAUCGGAGCCCCGAGGCAUGCGUCGAAAUCACUAAGCAGUGUACUUCAAAGCAGUGUGCCGAUGCCUGUAUCACUUUAUUAGAAGCAUAUGAUCAAUGACAUCCGAAGCAUUGUUUCGUUGAACAACCCACUGAUUGGUUUGGUAUUGGUUUCGGUAGAAGACAAAAAGGCUACACUGCGCACGCGCUAUGGCGUAUGGGACGUCAUCUAUAAUAAUUUGGCUGCUCUAAAUUCUUUUGACCAGCAGGUGCCACUAAUGUACACUGUGUUGAACAAAGACUUGAGUAAUAAACCUAUUUUCAACACAGUUGGCUGGAAAGCCUAAAUGCUUCAAUCAAUCAAUCAAAUGUAUUUAUAAAGCCCUAUUUACAUCAGUAGAUGUUACAAAGUGCUUAUACAGAAACCCAGCCUAAAACCCCAAAGAGGAAGCAAUGCAGAUGUAGAAGCACGGUGGCUAGGAAAAACUCCCUAGAAAGGCAGCAACCUAGGAAUAAACCUAGAGAGUCCUCUUCUGGGUGUGCCCGGUGGAGAUUAUAAGAGUAUAUGGCCAUUAAGGCCAGAUCGUUCUUCAAGGUGUUCAAACUUUCAUAGAUGACCAGCAGGGUCAAAUAAUAAUCACAGUGUUUAAAGAGGGUGCAAAAGGUCAGCACCUUAGGAGUAAAUGUCAUUUAGCUUUUCAUAGCCAAGCAUUCAAGAUGUCGAGACAGCAGGUGCGGUAGAGAGAGAGGGAGAGGGAGAGGAAGAGAGAAGGUUGAAACAGCAGGUCCGGGACAAGGUAGCAUGUCCAGUGAACAGGUCAGGGUUCCAUAGCCGCAGGCAGAAACUGGAGCAGCUGCAUGACAAGGUGGACUGGGGAUGGGAACAGCUAGGAGUCGUCAGGCCAGGUAGUCCUGAGGCAUGGUCCUAGGGCUCAGGUCCUCUGGGAGGGGAGAGAGAGAGAGCGAGAGAGAGAUGGGAGAAUUAGAGGGAGCAUACUUAAGAAUACACAGGACACCAGAUAAGGCAGGAGAAUUACACCAGAUAGGACAGACUGACCCUAGCCCCCCGGCAUAUAGGCUAUUGCAGCAUAGAUACUGGAGACAGAGACAGGGGGGGUCAGGGGACAGGAAGAUCACAUCAGUGACUCAACCCACUCAAGUCGAGUAUAGCGGGAAAAUGCCUGGCACGAUGUGAUACACCCCUCCUAGGGACGGCAUGCGAGAGCACUAGCAAGCCAAUGACUCAGCCCCCGUAAUAGGGUCAGAGGCAAAGAAUCCCAGUGGAGAGAGGGGAGCCAGCCAGGCAGAGACAGCAAGAGUGGUUCGUCACUCCAGUGCCUUACCAUUCACCUUCGCACCCCUGGGCCAGACUACACUCAAACAUAGGACCUACUGAAGAGUCUUCAGUAGAGACUUAAAGAUUGAGACCUAGUCUGCGUCUCUCUCUGGUUCGGCAGACCAUUCCAUAAAAAUGGAGCUCCCCAGCUAACAAAAUUAUGUUCCAAGACGUGACCACAAAGUUAUUUUAGUCCCCACAUAAGUCAUAAUAACGUUAUUGUGAAACUUACAGACGAUGUUCAAAAAUGUAUUUCUAUCAUUCCGAUUGUAACGUUAUAUGAAGACAAACCAUAACUCUAAAUGUAACGUUAUGAAAUGUUCCUAGGAUAUCUCCAAAAUAACAUGAUAUUCAGAACCUUUCAUGGACUACCAAGGAACGUUUUUAAUGUUCCCAUGAUGUCUGUAUAGCGACCUGAUAUUUAUAACCUCUAUAAUACUUAUUAGAAAUGUUAUAAUAAUAUAAUAUGCCAUUUAGCAGACGCUUUUAUCCAAAGCGACUUACAGUCAUGUGCGCAUACAUUUUUACGUAUGGGUGGUCCCGGGGAUCGAACCCACUACCCUGGCGUUACAAGCGCCAUGCUCUAUCAAUUGAGCUACAGAGGACCAAUGAAUGUGCCUAUAAUGUCCCAAACGGGCUAUGACAUUCAGUACCUCUGGAAGACUGAAGGAGAAUGUUACAAAUGUCUCAGUUAUGCUCCUUGUUAGCUGGGUCUGUAGGAGAAAGCCCUGCCUCCAGCUGUUUGCUUCUAGGAACAAUAAGGAGGCCUGCGUCUUGUGACCAAAGCGUACGUGUAGGUAUGUACAGCAGGACCAAAUCGGAGAGAUACGUAGGAGCAAAUCCAUAUAAUGCUUUGUAGGUUAGCAGUAAAACCUUAAAAUCAGCCCUAGCCUUAACAGGAAGCUAGAGGCUAGCACUUGACUAUUAUGGUAUUUUUUGGGGGUUCUUGUCAAGAUUCUAGCAGCUGUAUUUAGUACUAUCUUAAGUUUAUUUAGUGCUUUAUCCGGGUAGCCGGAGAGUAGAGCAUUGCAGUAGUCUAAUCUUGAAGUGACAAAAGCAUGGAUUAGCUUUUCUGCAUCAUUUUUUGACAACAACUUUCUGAUUUGUUCAUUGUUACGAAGAUGGAAAAAAGCUGCCCUUUAAAUAUUUUUGAUAUGUUUGUCAAAAAAGCGAUCAGGGUCCAGAGCAGGUCCUUCACAGUUUUAUUUGAGCCGACUGUACAACCAUCGAGAUUAAUUGUCAGAUCAAACAGCAGAUCUCUUCGUUGCUUGGAACCUAGAACUAGCAUCUCUGUUUUGUCCGAGUUAAAAAGUAAAGAAAUUGCCGCCAUCCACUUCCUUAUGUCUGAAACACAGGCUUCCAGGGUAGGCAAUUUUGGGGCUUCACCAUGUUUCAUUGAAAUGUACAGCUGUGUGUUGUCUGCAUAGCAGUGAAAGUUGACAUUGUGUUUCCGAAUGACAUCCCCAAGAGGUAGAAUAUUGUGAAAACAAUAGUGGUCCUAAAACGGAAGCUUGAGGAACACCGAAACUUAAUGGACAAACCAUCCAUAGAGACAGAUAAGAUCUAAACCAGGCAAGAACUUGUCCGUGUAGACCAAUUAGGGUUUCCAAUCUCUCCAAAAGAAUGUGGUGAUCGAUGGUGUCAAAAGCGGCACUAAGGUCUAGGAGCACGAGGGCAGAAGCAGAGCCUUGGUCUGACGCCAUUAAAUGGUCAUUAACCACCUUCACGAGUGCGGUCUCAGUACUAUGAUGGAGUCUAAAACCAGACUGGAGAGUUUCAUAUACAUUAUUUGUCUUCAGGAAGGCAGUGAGUUGCUGAGCAGCUUUUUCCGUUUUUUAAAUUUUCCGGGUCAAGGUUUGGCUUUUUCAGGAGAGACUUUAUUACUACCACUCUUAGUGAGAUUGGUACACAUCCGGAGGAUAGGGAGACGUUUGUUAUGUUCAACAUAGGAGUGCCAAGCACAGGAAGUAGCUCUUUCAGUAGUUAGUUGGAAUAGGGUCCAGUAAGCAGCUGGACUGUUUUUUUUUCUCCUCAAUCAAGUUGGAAAAGUAGGCUGAUCGAGCAGCAGUGAGAGCUUUUUGAUAUUGCACGGUACUGUCUUUCCAAGCUAGUCGGAAGACUUCCAAUUUGGUGGAGCUCCAUUUCCGUUCCAAUUUUCUGGAAGACUUGCUGCCACUCCAAUCUGUCCCCUAUACAAAUUGAUGGGGCACUAUAAUCACAUAGGAAUUAAAUUGGUACAGCAUUCUCAAUCACGGUUGCAACAAAUCUAUCAAUCCUCAAAAUAUGUUAAUGAGCCAGAAACAAUACCAGGCACCCACUAGUGGUCAAAAGGUUUUUGGCGCUCCAAAGAUACGGUACAGUACUGUUAUUCUGUGGGGUGGUAUUACAGUACCUUUCGAAAUACAGCAAUACUUUGCCCCGCACACAACAUUUUCCCACAAUACUUUAGAAUUGACAGUAUGCUGCAGCAAAACGUAUUUUACUGUAGACCCCAAAUUACCGUAUUAUUUACAGUUUUCCGUUACAGUGUACAGUGUUCUUAAGGUACUGUGCUCUGCUCUUCUGUGUCGUAGGUUCUGUGCCUGGAGAAGCAGACAAGUGCGGCGGACCAGCUUUCCUCUGUCCAGGUGAGGAAAGCCAGCGUGGUCAACCCCACCGUCCCCUCCCAGAGACUCUCCGCAUCAGAGUUGCCUCUCCCCCCAGCCACCACCACCCCACCACCACUCAUGGAGGCCUCCACCCACUCCCUCCAUCGCCGGGAGGAGCGAAGGGAGGAGCCAUACGGAGGCAGCCCCAUCAGGAGCACCUCUCUCAGGAGCACUUCCAACCUGAGCACCACCAUAUCCAACUCCCAGAAACACCUGCCCCACAAGGACUCCAUGGCCAGCCUGGCCUCGGACAUCUCCCUGCCCUUCGCCACCCAAGAGCUGCAGCAGAGGCUCAGGCAGCUGCAGAAGUAAAUCACACACACGCACUCCCGUGCACACACACACGCACUCAAACACACACAAUCACUAUCAUGAGGUAAAGUAAAAUCCCUAAUCUCUGCUGUGUUGCGUUUUCAGUGGGUCUGCCCCUAGUCCGUACCCCCUGGGGGAGAUUCAGCUGACUGUCCGCCACAGCUCCCAGAGGAACAAGCUCAUCGUGGUGGUGCACGCCUGUCGGUCAGUGGCCUCACGUAUAACACUAGACUAGCCACAUAUACUGUAUAUGCCCGGUUCCCGGACACAGAUUAAGCCUUGUCCUGGACUAAAAAGCGUGCUCAAUGGAGAUUCUCCAUUGAAAGUGCCUUCUUCGUCCAAGACUAAGCUUAAUGUGUGUCCAGGAAACCGCCCCUCUGUGUUCAUUUCAAUUACCACAAGAUCAGGACUUACUCUGUUCAGAUUUCAAUGUGACUGACGGACCCCUGUACAUUUUUCCCUCAGAAACCUCAUUGCGUUCACUAAGGAUGGAUCAGAUCCUUUCGUUCGGGUUUACUUGCUCCCUGACAAGAGCCGGACAGGCCGGAGGAAGACCAGCACCAUAAAGAAAACCCUGAACCCUGUGUAUGAUCAAACGUGAGUUCUGACUCGGACUGUCACUGUAGGCCACCUCCAUAGAAAUAUGUAUAGAACUUAUAAGUAAUAGUAAUAUACUGUAUAUGAUCUCUAUGGCCACCUCUUACAUUAUUUUUAUUUUUUAUUUUUUUAUUUUACAUUAUGCAACCAUUUCACAACCAUUAACCAUCGCAACCAUUCAUCACAUCAUGUAUUAUAUUCAUUCAUCACCUAGUAUUACUGCAGUAGGAAAUCAUCACUCAGAAAUAAACAAAGGAGAAUCCGAAAGUGUGUAUUUUGUUCAUCUGCAGGUUUGAGUUCAGUGUUUCCAUGACGGAGCUGCACAGGAGGACUCUGGACAUCGCUGUGAAGAAUGGAGGGAGUAUACUGUCCAAACACAGAGGACUCCUCGGGAAGGUAGUGUCUCCUCACAAAAUAUAGUCUAUGUCCCAAAUGGCACCCUAUUCCCUAUAUAGUGCACUACUUUUGAUCAGAGCCCUAUGAGCCCUGGUCAAAAUUAGCAUACUAUAUUGGGAAAAGGGUGCCAUUUGGGAUACAAACAUUGUUGUACUUUAAAAAUGAAGGACUUUUUUUAAUGAUUAAUGUUAUCUGAUUGUUGUUGACUCUAGCAAUGCUACUGUACUUAUUAUAGGUGAUGGUGGAUUUGAGUGUUGAGGAUAUAUCCAAGGGCUGGACACAAUGGUAAGAUGCUCCUUUACCCAAUUUGUAUUGUCAGCUAUGUGUUGUAUUUGUGUUAACAUUUGAUACAAAUUUGAUUUGGAGAAAUAAACUAGCUUGUUUGUUGUUUAUUCCAUGAUUACAGUGGGGGAAAAAAAGUAUUUAGUCAGCCACCAACUGUGCAAGUUCUCCCACUUAAAAAGAUGAGAGAGGCCUGUAAUUUUCAUCAUAGGUACACGUCAACUAUGACAGACAAAUUGAGAUUUUUUUUCCUCCAGAAAAUCACAUUGUAAUAAUAAUAAUAAUAAUAAUAUGCCAUUUAGCAGACGCUUUUAUCCAAAGCGACUUACAGUCAUGCGUGCAUACAUUGUAGGAUUUUUAAUGAAUUUAUUUGCAAAUUAUGGUGGAAAAUAAGUAUUUGGUCACCUACAAACAAGCAAGAUUUCUGGCUCUCACAGACCUGUAACUUCUUCUUUAAGAGGCUCCUCUGUCCUCCACUCGUUACCUGUAUUAAUGGCACCUGUUUGAACUUGUUAUCAGUAUAAAAAACACCUGUCCACAACUUCAAACAGUCACACUCCAAACUCCACUAUGGCCAAGAUCAAAGAGCUGUCAAAGGACACCAGAAACAAAAUUGUAGACCUGCACCAGGCUGGGAAGACUGAAUAUGCAAUAGGUAAGCAGCUUGGUUUGAAGAAAUCAACAGUGGGAGCAAUUAUUAGGAAAUGGAAGACAUACAAGACCACUGAUAAUCUCCCUCGAUCUGGGGCUCCACGCAAGAUCUCACCCCAUGGGGUCAAAAUGAUCACAAGAACGGUGAGCAAAAAUCCCAGAACCACACGGGGGGACCUAGUGAAUGACCUGCAGAGAGCUGGGACCAAAGUAACAAAGCCUACCAUCAGUAACACACUACGCCGCCAGGGACUCAAAUCCUGCAGUGCCAGACGUGUCCCCCUGCUUAAGCCAGUACAUGUCCAGGCCCGUCUGAAGUUUGCUAGAGUGCAUUUGGAUGAUCCAGAAGAGGAUUGGGAGACUGUCAUAUGGUCAGAUGAAACCAAAAUAGAACUUUUUAGUAAAAACUCAACUCGUCGUGUUUGGAGGACAAAGAAUGCUGAGUUGCAUCCAAAGAACACCAUACCUACUGUGAAGCAUGGGGGUGGAAACAUCAUGCUUUGGGGCUGUUUUUCUGCAAAGGGACCAGGACGACUGAUCCGUGUAAAGGAAAGAAUGAAUGGGGCCAUGUAUCGUGAGAUUUUGAGUGAAAACCUCCUUCCAUCAGCAAGGGCAUUGAAGAUGAAACGUGGCUGGGUCUUUCAGCAUGACAAUGAUCCCAAACACACCGCCCGGGCAACGAAGUGGCAUUUCAAGGUCCUGGAGUGGCCUAGCCAGUCUCCAGAUCUCAACCCCAUAGAAAAUCUUUGGAGGGAGUUGAAAGUCUGUGUUGCCCAGCGACAGCCCCAAAACAUCACUGCUCUAGAGGAGAUCUGCAUGGAGGAAUGGGCCAAAAUACCAGCAACAGUGUGUGAAAACCUUGUGAAGACUUACAGAAAACGUUUGACCUGUGUCAUUGCCAACAAAGGGUAUAUAACAAAGUAUUGAGAAACUUUAGUUAUUGACCAAAUACUUAUUUUCCACCAUAAUCUGCUAAUAUAAAUGCAUUAAUAAUCCUACAAUGUGAUUUUCUGGAUUUUUUUUCCUCAUUUUGUCUGUCAUAGUUGACGUGUACCUAUGAUGAAAAUUACAGGCCUCUCUCAUCUUUUUAAGUGGGAGAACUUGCACAAUUGGUGGCUGACUAAAUACUUUUUUUCCCCACUGUACAUCUUUGGGUGUGAGACAAUUGCUAUAAAAAAUCCUAUGUAUCUUUUAUGACUGUAUUUGUUUGUCAUAUUUUAGUUUUAUGCCAUUGCCAUUUGUUGCUCCACUGGUGUUUUUAACUCCUCGUUUUGUCUUGUAGGUAUGAUCUGACUGAAGAUGGCAACCGCAAAACAGUCCAGGCAUAG